AUGGACCAACAAACUGAGAAUACUGUGGACCCAAAGGAGGAGACCUCACAAGAGGUCCCGAAAGAGGCCUCGAAAGAGGCCCCGAAAGAGGGCCCGAAAGAGUGUCCAAUUCCUGCCAAUAAUAUGGAGGUAAAAUCUGAGCCAGAAAGUCUGGCGGAAAGUCUGACCAAGGUGCCAGACGUUGAAAUUCGCAUCCCAGGUCCCAAGCCAAACGAGACACUGCGCACAUUCCUCAGUUCAAAAUUGCAGGGAAAUGGUAACCCCGAACCAGAGGAUUCGCCUAACAAUCCCGAGAAGGAACCGCUGUAUGACACUGACUCGAACUCUAAGGACGAGCAAUCAUCUGACGAGGAUUUCCAAUGUGCCUCGGAAGAGGAGUCAGACAGUGCCUCGGAUGAGGAGUCAGACAGUGCCUCCGAUGCGGAAUCGUCUUCAGAUGAAAACGCUGAUUACGAUCCCACACUGCCAAGGCCAAGAAAGAAAGGACCCCCAAGAGAGCGAAAGAAGAAGGCGAAAACAUCGGCAGCCUUGACUGAGAAGGUCAAGGGCUUGAUGACCAGCAACAUCUUGAGCACUGCAAAUGUUAAUGCAAAUGCAAAUGCAAGCAAUAUUCCUGUGUCCCAGAAAAGGGACAAGGCAAAAGCGCUCGCGGAAGAAAUAUCGAAGCUUCCAACGGACAACCAACCGCAGGCCAAAAAAGAUAUGUUUUCAUUGAUCGAGAGCUCGAAGAGGUUUACGCCUUCCGCAAAAGUCGUAAACAUGAACUGGCAGGUUAAGGGUCUCAACACUUUGCUGAAGCAUCAUCAGCUUAAGGCAGCUGCGUGGAUGAUCGAUCGCGAACAUUCAAACGAGGAGCCAAAUGGAGGCUUACUCUGCGAUGAGAUGGGCCUCGGAAAAACACUUACAGUUCUCGCAAUUAUCGCGAACGAAAAGAUCACACGUCGUUUCAAUGCUCCUACCCUACUCGUGGUCCCGAGAAGCUUGAUUGCACAGUGGCUCGAUCAAAUUACUGUCCAUUGCGCGGAAAAGAUAAGCAAAGACGUUAUCGAGUAUUACACCGGUUCGCACACGAGCUAUUCCAAUGUUGUGAGAGUGAUGGAAAAAAGGCGUAUCGUGAUCACCACAUAUGAGCAAGUCUGCACUUCAUAUCCGAAGCUAAAGCCACCAGUGACGAUCAAGACUCCUGAAGAGCUGGAGGCCUGGCGGGAAGGGGAAUAUACUCGCAGAGCUGGACCUCUCCACAAGGUUGAGUGGCACCGGAUCGUCCUUGAUGAAGCCCAUUCUAUCAAGAACAAAGAUUCCGCGACCUCUAUCGCUAUCCGAGCUCUGAAUGGCAGAUUCAAAUGGGCUUUGAGUGGAACACCUUUGCAUAAUGGCGUGGAAGAGCUUUAUCCAUACCUCCAUUUCAUCUUUACAUUAGAAAGAAUGGAGUAUGAGACCUUCUUGAAGAAGUACUCUAAUGGACUGCACGAAAUUCUUGAGACCGUAUUGCACCGCAGUACAUACAGUACCCGGCUACUUGGCAAGCCUAUUGUCACACUUCCCGGCAUUAACAACCGAGUCGUGGAGGUCGAGCUUUGCCAAGCUGAAAAGCACCUUUACCGCGAGAUUCAAGAUCUUGGCAUUGCGAUGCUCAAUGGCUUAGCUGAAACAAAGGAACGGCAAACAAGAUGCAUCUUGGCCGUUAUCACAAUGCUGAGAAUGUUUGUGAGCCACCCGCUCCUCGCUCAAAAGUUCCUCAAAGUCAUUCUCACUCAAGGUGUAAUCAAAGGGCUGAAAGCCAUGGCACAAGAAAAAGGUGUGACUGAGACCUCAUCUGGAAUCAUUCUUAAUUUGAUUCUCGCUGUCGGAGACAAGGUUGCUCCCCGACCAAGGCUUCCAGGAGACUUUUCCGAGCUUCAUGGAAUAUAUCACAACAAAAUUUUGCAGGUCCGACAAUACAAGGAUAAGUUCCAGGAAUUUCUACUCAGGUGUUGCCCUUGUUGCGAGGAAUUGAUACAGGGAGAAAUUUCAUUUGUGGUCACAUCCUGCCAACACCUUUACUGCAAAGGUUGUUUUGACCAACUUCCCGACCAAAAUGGAAAGACCGAUACCAUCACCCGAGUGUGCAAGUCCUGCGAAAAACCCAUCGAGGAGGCUGGAUACUCUGAUGAUUCACCCGAAAAUUCACCCAAGAAGAGCUCACCCAAGAAGAGAAAGCAGUCCAAGCCCAGUCCAAAGGGGAAGAAAAUUUUCGCGAAGCGGUCUUGCCCCUCAUUCAAGAAGCAUGUUCUAUACAGAGAUCCAUCAGAUGAUGAGUGGAAUGAGCCCAUUGAGAAUGAGGAUGACUGGAUCUCACGUGUUGGCAACCGCAUGCCUUCGGCGAAAACCACAGCAGUCAGAGACCUAGUCGCAAACUGGGUGAAAGAGGAUGAGGACGUGAAGAUCGUCAUUUUCGUUCAGUUCCUGAAGACGGCUCAAAUUUUACAGUUCAUGUUCGAUGAAGAGAACUGGAAAUAUGCACUUAUUACAGGGAAGGUAUCUCCAACCUCGCGCGAUAAGCAAAUCGAGCUAUUCGGCAAGGAUAAAGACGUCAAGAUCAUGAUUUCUUCCCUGAAGACUGGUGGCGUUGGUCUCAACUUGACGAUGGCAAACAAGUGCAUCCUCGUGGAUCCUUGGUGGAAUGAGGCAAUUCAAGACCAAGCGUACUGUCGUCUGUACCGCAUUGGACAGCCGCGUGUUGUGGAAUACGUUCAAGUUGUGGCUAAAGGAUCAAUCGACACAUGGAUGAUCAAUCUCCAGAAACAGAAGGCCCACAAUAUACACCAGCUCUUUAGUACGGACUCUCUCAAAGAGAUCCUCGGUCUCUCUGGGGACAUCUAUGAAAAGCCAGAGGGUGGAUUCUCCAUUUUCAAUAGCAGGGGAGACAAGCAUGCCCAGACCUGGGUACAGGCUGUUGAAUCAGUGGUCCUUAACGAGGGGAAUUAUUCGGAAGAAGACUAG